GUUUUAUUGAUACCCAAUUGAUAAGCGCGUUGAAUACAUGCACAUUAUAUAUAUACACACACGCACAUAUACACACUACACUAAAGACAUAAAUAAGUUUUGCCAUGUAUAAACGGUGGAUCAACUCGUGCUUCUAAUUAAAUAUAAAACGCCAAUACCAACGGCGUUAGCGGGCUAACAUAUAAAAAACAGCUUAAAAAUGCCCGUGCCACAGGUAAUUGCCGCAGCUGCCAUAACCACAGCAAGUGUGCCCAGCACCGAGAGCAGCAGCAGCGCUCCAAAUGCAGCGGCGUCCACAGCAACGUCAGCAGCAGCGGCAACAGCUGGCAGCGCCGCUGGAUCCAGUGGACGACAUCAGCUGCGACCUGUGAAAUAUAACUAUGCCGAUUCAUUUGCCACCACCUAUGUAGUCUCUGUGGUGGGCGCCUCCAUAGCUGAGCUGGUUACUUAUCCGCUGGAUCUCACCAAGACGCGUCUACAAAUCCAAGGCGAGGCGGUUGCUGUUGCACUCACCCCUUCCCCCAGUGGCAGUGCCAAACCCAAUCAGAUGCAAUAUCGCGGCAUGGUCGCCACCGCCUUUGGCAUUGUACGCGAGGAGGGCGCCCUAAAAUUAUGGCAGGGCGUGACGCCGGCGCUCUACAGACACGUCGUCUAUAGUGGCGUGCGCAUCUGUAGCUACGAUCUAAUGCGCAAGGAGUUCGCACAGAACGGCACACAAGCCUUGCCCGUGUGGAAGUCUGCGUUGUGUGGCGUCACUGCUGGCGCUGUGGCACAAUGGCUUGCCUCGCCCGCUGAUCUGGUGAAGGUGCAGAUACAAAUGGAGGGCAGACGUCGUCUAAUGGGUGAAGCACCACGUGUCCAUGGUGCGGCGCAUGCAUUCCGCGAGAUUGUCCAACGCGGCGGCGUCAAGGGUCUCUGGAAGGGCAGCAUACCCAACGUGCAGCGUGCGGCUUUAGUUAAUUUGGGCGAUCUGACCACUUACGAUACCAUCAAGCAUAUGAUUAUGGAUCGACUGCAUAUGCCCGACUGUCAUACGGUGCAUGUGCUCGCUUCGGUGUGUGCUGGCUUUGUGGCAGCCAUAAUGGGUACGCCGGCAGAUGUGGUCAAGACACGCAUCAUGAAUCAGCCCACCGAUGAGUUGGGACGUGGUCUGCUGUAUCGCGGCUCCAUUGAUUGCCUGCGUCAAACUGUUGGGAAGGAGGGCUUUGUGGCAUUGUAUAAGGGUUUUCUGCCCUGCUGGAUACGCAUGGCGCCAUGGUCGCUCACCUUCUGGUUGUCUUUUGAGCAAAUACGCAAAAUGAUUGGUGCCUCUGGUUAUUGAAUGAGAUUCGUGUGGGGAAUUGUUAGCGAGAAUCAAAUGAAAUUGCAAUCGAUAUUUUAAGAAAACAUGUUAUUCUCUACACUGCUUUGCGUCUGAGCAAAGUUAACUAAGUGCUAUUAUACUGGUACAACUACCUAAGACUGUUUUCCAUCUUGAUCACAGUUCGUUAUUUUUGUCUCCUUCCAAUGAAAAAUUGUAAAUUUUAAACCUUACUUUCUGUAUGUUUUAGGUUUUUUUUGCUUAAGUGUGUGAUUACAGAGGUUGAAAGGGGACAUGAAGGGACUGAACAUAAAAGUUAUGAAACUAUGCUUAAUAAAUGUUUUC